ACUGGCGUUUGCCUUUGUUCAUUUGACAUUUCAUCUGGCAUAUUAUUCAGCUGUGGGAAAAAUGCUCGAAAAUGCGAAUAGAAUUUUUGAUAUUCGGACUUCUCAUCGCACUCAUCUGUCUGACAGCAGAGGCCACGGGAUAUUACGGCGACUCGCGUUUCCGGACACGCAGCAAGCGGCUGCUGCCCUACGAUGGCGGUGGAACGGAUGACUCGACGAGGGGUGUCGGCGGUGGCGGCGGGAAUGGCUGCAAUCCCGACAACCCGCAGGAGGACAGCCAGCAGAGGGGGGAGCAAGGGCAGCGGCAGGCAUCAGGCCGCAAUCAGAAACAAGGCAACGCCAAGCAACGAUCCUCGGGCAUUGCGGUACAAGCAGCCAAGGAGGCGAAGAAGGCAAACGAUGACAUGGCCUCGGCGGUGAAGGUGGCCUCGGACAAGAUCAAGAACGAGUACGCGGACAAAGCAAUGUCGGCAGCGAUGGCUGCCGAGGCAGUUCUAGCGGGCAAGAGCCAAAUCCUCGAGCAGCUCGAGGCGGAGGUGCGCGAGGCCGAGCUGGUGGUGCAGGAGGAGUCCCAGGAGCUGCUCUCGGCCGAUGCCAAUGCCCAGUUGGCCCUGAAGCAGUACCAGCAGGCGCAGACGGAGCUGAAGAUGCUGCUGGCCACGCUCAAGGUGGUCAGAGAGAGCAAGGAGAGCUCCGAACAGACGAACAUGGUCUGGCAGCAGUCGCUGGUCGAGAAAGGCGCACUGCUGGAGGCGGCCCAGAACCGGGUGGGCGUACUGCUCCGCCAGCUGAAGGAUGCACGCACCGACCACGCAAAGACCAAGAAGGCGGCCCUGAAGGCCCUCUGUGCCGCCAAGGAGGCCAAGCAGCGCAUCGAACAGGACGGUGGUGUUAGCCCUUGAUGCUCUUAAUACUAAUACUCGUCGUCGUAUAUUUUCUAUUGGGAUUAAAGAACGUUUGUUGUGUGUGUUUGAAUUUUA